AAAAGAGUCCCUUUUUUCCCCACAGAGAUAGAGGAGUCCCAAACUCUCUAACUCCAAAAUCCAAUUCCAAUUUGUUUCCCCCUCAAAAAUAAUAAAAUUUUAAUAAUUUUUAAAUAAAAUUUUGUUUUGGGGUUUAGAUUGUGCGGAUCGGGGUUCGGAGAGUUUAGAUCUGCGACGAUGGAGGGUGUCGGGGCCCGGCUGGGGCGGUCGUCCACCCGAUACGGACCGGCGACUGUGUUUACCGGACCGGUUAGAAAGUGGAAGAAGAAGUGGGUCCACGUUUCACCCAAUUCCUCCUCUGCUUCCGCAAAUUCCAACAACAACAACAACAAUAACAACGCCGCCAACAAUAACAAUCACAAUCACACGCACCAUUCUAACGGUAAUAACGGUUCCCAUCUGCUUCUUUACAAGUGGACCCCUAUAACCCAAUCUCAAAACGCCAACAACAACAAUUCAAAUGGAAACGCCGCUGCCAAGGAUUCUGUGCCACCACCCUCUGACGCCCCCGAAGAGCCGCCACGCAGGAAAUUCAAAUAUAUUCCGGUUGCUGUACCAGAGGAGCAAAGGAAUGAGGCUGCAGAAAUUGAUGGUGCUGAAAAGAUUGAAGAAGAUAAGCCAGUUGAUACCGAUCCAAUUGCAGCAGAACCAAGUCACAAAAUUGAGACUAUGGAUGAAAAACCUGACAUAAAUGAUGUCCCUGCAGAUGAAAGUCAGCCUCAGGACAAAAAUCAAGUAGUACGCCAAGAUCUAAAUGAAAGCACAUUGGAUUUAAGUUUGGGGUUAACAUCACAUGACGAUGAAAAUGACUCUGAUUCAAAAACUAAUCAAACAAGAGAUGGCCAGUAACACAAAGUGAACAGAAGUCCUCAGGAUAGUGAGCAUUAGUGCACCAAUCUACACGUGUAUUUGAUCAACAAAAGUAUAUUUUCACCUGGUUUUGUGUUCACCCAUUGAUCAUUUUAGAUUGGAUUGUUGUACUGGCAUAUGCCUAUAAUAUUUUUCUUAUUCAGUGUCCUUGGUGGGAUGGUCAUAGUAUUCCUUUUCCCCAACCAUUGGACAUAUUUAUUUUUUUCCCCUAGAUAUCUAUUGAGGCGGGAUAUUGUGGAAUUGAUGUGGAUUUUUGUACUCAAUAUAUUGAUGAAAUUGUGCUA